AUGAUCAACACUAUAUUCAAUAGAAAUUCGCCCGAGUUUGAGGCUGCAAAACAGGAUGGUGAGGUAUGGUCAGACCCAGACGAGCCAGGCAAGUACGCGUACGAUACUGCAGUCAGGAAGACGUCCAAGGUGACCUCGAACAAGCGGGUCGCGAAGGAGACGUUCAACCCGAAGGAUGCCAAGAUGUUCCGAGGUGGCAUGGCCGACUUCAUGCUUGAGGAGCCCCCGACCUGGAAGCCAAUGAGGACCGAGAACAAAAGCGCUCGCAAGGCGCUCCACGACACGAGGGCCGACCAGAACGACUACACGUUGCUCCAGAACUGCAACGACGCCAUGACCACCGUCACGCUGGCGCUCAAGCGCAUGGGGCCCGAGGUGAUGAGCUACGCCAAAGCUGAUGUUUCCAGGAAGCUCGCCAAGGAUACGAUGGAGUUGCUGAAGAAGGUCACCAAACUCCAGGCGGAGGAGCCGUUGAUUGCGGCAGGGAAAUGCUACGAGGAUCUCAUGGCAAUGCACUCCCAGUGCGCCAACCUGAUCAAAACGGAGAAGAGGAAGUCCAACCAGGGCGGUGGAGGCUCCAGCGGCUCCAAGCUCGCUAAGAUGAGCAAGGGGAAGU